AAGCACCUCGUGCCGUCGCUGUCCGAGCCGAAGCUGCCAAACGCCAGUUGGGGGAGGGAAAAGAGGUUUCGAUGAUGUGAAUAUACAUGCCGGCGCGGGGAGGUCCUGCCUCCCCGAGGUACUUUCGCCCCAGGUCUCCCCAAUCCUCAGUCCACCCCAUCUUCUGCUCAAGUCCAACCAACUCCACUCCGCCGCCCCAUGUCCAUGACCGGGGAGAUGAUGAGGCUGCUUCCUACCCUGCCCAAUUCUUGACCUGACUUUAUCUCUCAUCCCAGAGUAUUUACUUCCUCUUCUGGCCGCCAAUCUUUUCUAUUUCUACACGAUCAGCGCGCUGUCUGACAUGAGCUGCUGUAGUUUCUUGCUUCUUGAUUGACAUAUUUAUUUUCCUCAGAUCAAGAUUAGCUCCAAGAUAGCAAUAGUUAGGUCGGUCGCCUAUGCUGAUUUGUGUGUGUUCAACUUCAAUCCCGCCGCGGCUGAUGCAAUUUUAGUCGGGGAUGCAGUUGAAAUUCGAGAUCUUUGGUUGCCCGUGCCAAUAACAGGAGGAUCCAGAAAGGGAAGGGGCUAAAUGGAAGCCAGAUUCCUGCAGGAAGGCGGCCAAACUGGUUUGGAGAAAAUGUCCAGUGGUCUCAAGAACAAGAAGAAGGGCCACGAGUGGGAUUUGAACGACUGGAGAUGGGACAGCAACAUGUUCCUCGCCACGCCGUCAUCAAAUUCCGACGCUCCGUCCGGGCGUGGCAGCAGGGAUGCUGAUGAGGGUACCAGUUUUGGUGUUGCUGACAAGAGGAGGAGAGUUUCAACGGCGAAUAAUAACCAUGAGGGAUGCAGCAUUGCUGUGGUCACUAACGGGGAUCAUGACAGGAUUGUUGUUAGGAGAGGGCAGAGCAGCGAAGAAGGGAGACCUCUAAAUGCAGCAGGUGCAUGUUCCAGUUCUGCUCCAUAUUGCCAAGUUGAUGGCUGCCAUGCUGAUCUCCGCAACGGCAGGGACUACCACAAGAGGCACAAGGUGUGUGAAGUACAUACCAAGUCCACUCUUGUUCGUAUAAAAAACAUAGAGCAUCGGUUCUGUCAGCAAUGCAGCAGGUUUCACCUUCUUCAAGAAUUUGAUGAAGGGAAGAAGAGCUGCCGCUCACGUCUGGCAAAACAUAAUGGAAGGAGAAGGAAAACCCCAGCCCAGGCUGGGAAUUCCUCAAGUGAAAAUCAUUCUCUAACCAACACCUUACUCCUCCUGUUGAGACAACUUGCUGGACAAGAUUCUGGUAGCUCAUCUGAGCAAAUCAAUGGUCCGAACUACUUGGUUAAUCUUUUGAAGAACCUUGCUGCUAUUUCUAGCACACAGACAUAUCAAGAUAUGCUAAAGAAUGCAAGUUCUGCUGUAAUAUCAUCAAAUGCUGGCAACUAUGUUGUGAACGGAUUUACCAUACAAGAGCAAGCUGGACAACCAAUUCCUGGAACUGAAUCCUCUGCAGAAGAGCCUCCAGUUAAAAGACAUAUGAAGAAUUUUGAUCUGAAUGAUGCUUAUGUCGAAGAUGAUGAGAGCCGAACAGAUAAAAUUGUCUUGAAGCUCUUUGGGAAAGAGCCAAACGAUUUUCCUACUGAUCUACGUGCACAGAUCCUUAACUGGUUAUCACAUUACCCAAGUGAUUUGGAAAGCUAUAUUAGGCCUGGUUGUGUCAUUUUAACUAUUUACCUUCGCCUUCCUAAUUGGAUGUGGGAUAAGCUUAAUGUCAAUCCAGCUCCUUGGAUAGAAAAUCUUAGUAGCAUAUCGACUCAUGGUUUCUGGGAAACAGGAUGGCUAUAUGCUAGGGUGCAGGACCACCUGACAUUAAGUUGCAAUGGCAGGCUUAUGUUAGUGUCUCCCUGGCAACCCAUAAUAGGUGACAAGCAUCAGAUACUGUCUGUAACUCCUAUUGCAGCUGCUUGUUAUUCAACAGCAAACUUCUCAGUGAGAGGUUUCAACAUAGUUCAACCAACCACAAGAUUACUUUGUAUAUUUGGUGGAAAAUAUUUAAUCCAGGAAGCAACAGAAAUACUACAUGAUGAUACUGUGAUGCAGCAAGGCCCUCAAUGUCUGACCUUCUCUUGCUCCUUUCAUAGUACAAGUGGAAGAGGGUUCAUAGAGGUUGAAGAUUAUGAUCAAAGCAGCCUUUCAUUUCCUUUUAUUGUUGCUGAAGAAUCUGUAUGUUCUGAGAUCCGAAUGCUGGAGGAAAAAUUGAACAUAAUUACAUUUGGUGAUACCUUGGAAGAACAAGAGGUCCUGAUGGCUUCUCGCAGCCGUGCCUUAGAGUUUCUACAUGAGAUAGGCUGGUUUCUUCAAAGGAGCCAUGCACGAGCUACAUCUGAGGCUCCACUAUUUUGUACUGAGGGUUUUCCAGUUGCAAGAUUUAGAUGGCUCCUAUCCUUUGCGGUUGAUCAGGAAUGGUGUUCUGUUGUAAAGAAGCUUCUCGACACCUUGUUCCAGGGUAAUAUUGAUCUGGAUGUCCCCUCACCAGUUGAGUUUGUCCUGGGAGAAGGUUUAGUAUUCACCGCUGUCAACAAGCGUUCAAAGCCUUUGGUUAACUUCCUGUUAACAUACACAAUGAAGUCUGCACAGGUGGACACUGGAGCCGUGGCACCAGCUCGGUUCCUGUUCACACCUGACGUAACUGGUUCAUCAAAUAUAACACCUCUUCAUAUUGCAGCUAGCAUCACUGAUGCUGCUGAUGUUUUAGAUGCUUUAACUGAUGAUCCUCAACAGCUAGGAUUGAAAACCUGGAAAAGUGCCCGUGAUGCUACUGGGUACACUCCAGAGGAUUACGCUCGGAGGAGAGGACACAUAUCCUACAUCCAGAUGGUUCAGAACAAAAUCAACAGCAGGUUACCUGAAGCCCACGUGUCUCUUUCCAUGACUAGCAGUCCAUCUACCACUCAUAUACAUGUGGGUCGAUCGAAGUCUAUUAAUCAAGCCGCAUUUCAUGUGGAGAAAAGCAGACAUAACGACAAGCAAUCACCUAGCUGCAGACAAUGUGUCCAGCUCCAGCACAUUGCUUACCAUCCCCGUCCGAACAGGUUCUUGUCGAACAGGCCUGCGGUGCUAUCCUUGGUCGCCAUUGCUGCCGUCUGUGUCUGCGUAGGCUUGAUCAUGCAGAGCCCCCCGAGCGUCGGCGGUGUGAGGGGCCCUUUCAACUGGAACUCUAUGCGUUGGGGCCCCAAGUGAUAAGACUGCCUACUGAGCUAGUCUAUAGACUCCAGAUGCUUGUGCUGUUGCGGACUUGAUAAGCUGGAGUGCAAUAUCUGUAUAUGUAUAUUAUACAAGCUAUAGAGUGUCGUACUCUGCUCAUAUUGAAAUUCCAUUGGAUAUUUUAACA